AUGGCGGGCGACCGAGGCGCGGCGGUGCUCUGGGAGCCGUCCGCUUACAAAGACGCGAACAGCGAGAGGGUGAACGUCUGCCUGGAGGCGACAGAAGAGGCCUUGGCGGAGGUCGCGCGCUGGGAGAAGGCCGCGGUGGAGCUGGCCGUGAAGCACGGCGCCGCGAUGUUCGGCAAGCCGCUGAGCCAGGCGCAGCUGCAGGAACGCUUCCAGUCUUGCUUGAAGACUUCCGCGCAGGGAGUGACCUUCUUGAAGCUGAAGGCGACGUUGCCCAACGUUCGGUUCUGGGACAAUGAAGGCAAGCGCGAAGCGCCUUCCAGCCUUCGAGGGCGAAAGGUGCUGGUCGCGGUGCAGCCGCGGCAGCUGUGGGUCAUGAACCAGCAGUGCGGGCUGCUGCUGGAGCUGCAGGACGUUAAGUUGGACGACGGCGUGGAGGAGUGCCCGCUGUAA